AUGGAGUCUCCAGCACCCGUGUGCCAGCCGUCUCCAGCGUAUUCGGCGGAGGAGUUCAAGCCAAUGUUCCGUGAGCUAAUGCUGGAGUUCAGUGGAAACAUGACCAAGUCUAUACACGAGUCGUUGGGCACGCUUCGUAACGAGAUGGCGCACAACCUUCACAUCGUGCAGUCGGAGGCGGAGGCGAGGUGCGCAGCCAUCCAGACCACUCUCGACACGCUCCAGCAGAACCAGCAGGAGAUGACGGACCGCAUCCUGAGGAUCGAGAGCGGCGGGGGAGCCGGUGGGGGCUCCCCUCCUUCGCGUGCUGAUCCGUGGGCAGCCUACCAGUCCAGCACAGGAAGUGGCUCCAGUUCGCAGGGAGAUGACGACAAUAAGAUAUGGCUCCGAGGUUUCCCGCGCAAGUUGCUGGCACCGCAGUUUAAAGCACACUAUGAGACGAAAGUGAUGCCUCUAUUGCACGAUUCGAUCAAACACAACGUCAAGCCCGUCUACCAUAACAUGUCUUUCUCGUACAUGGUGGUGUUCCCGAGCAAAACGCAUGCGCAGCAGUUCAAAGACGGCAUUGCUUCUCGGCAGAUGGAGUGCGAUUGGGUCGACCCUCGGGACAACGUUCAACAUCAGAUCCGUGCUGGUGCUCACAAGCCGUUAGAGAUCCGCAAGAGGGGCUUCGUAUUGAGUCAGCUGUGGCGCAUGGUCAAAGAGCACCUCGUCGUCAACCACUUGUGGCGCGAGGGCGUUUGCAGCUUGGGCACCAACGCGUACAAGGGCUCGCUGUACUUCUCGAACGGCAUCGAAGCUUGGGAGUUAUUCAAGGUUGAGGAGCAGAGCAGCGGCUACCGCAUCACACCCUUGGUGGAAGAUCUCGCGCAGAUCCAGAUGAACGAAGCCGUGGUGAGGUUGAGGAAACAACUAGGCUUGGCGGAAGUGAAGGAGCAGCGACUUGCACGGGAGUGGGCCGAGGCCGAGCUUGUCAAGAAGCAAGCCGCGCAGAUCUCGGUUGCUCGUGAAGAUAUCUCUCAGAAUGGGCCGCAGUCUUCUCUGACAAGGGCUGUGGGCGCCUCUGGGAAGCCUUUCGGUUCCAGCUAUGGGAGGCAGUUGUUUGAGAAUGUAGACGGUCUCGACUUGGAGGAGGGUGACGGCGCAAAGCUCGCCAAAGUGCACCAGCAGCUCAUCGACGCCCAGAAGUACCUCGACGGCGAGGCGGAGCAGUGCCCCGCCUCCAUCAGGAAGGCGAUCGAGCUGCGCGCGGCUGCUGACGCCAGGCGGCUCGUGCCGACAGAGUUGCAGUCGAAGCCAAACAAGAUAUCCGAGGCCAAGUUUGCUGCGCAGGAGCGGGCGGAGCAGGGUCCGAUCAGCGGUGGAGCUUCGACCGCGGUGGGCGAGACAGACACGCGCCCCUUCGACGUCGAGCCCGAUGUCCCGUCGGAGGAAGGACAGCUGGCGGACCCGGCGCCGGCAUUGAGCCCCCCAUGCCUUUUGCGCGGAGCCCUGAGGAACUGCAUUCUGUUCAGAGCCACGUGCGACACGUUGGUCGCCGAGGAUGGUCUUGUUGGAGCUGAAAGCUGGAAGCGGUCCGACUGCAGCCGACUGGUGGAGAUCUCCGAGGCGCCCGCCGCCGACCCCCGCGCCCUGCCGCAGCUGCACGGCGCCCGCGGCGGCGAGAGCGCCCUCGCGGCGGAGGCGGGCGCCUGCGAGCGGCCGCGCCGCGGCGCCGAGGAGGGACCCGGCGGCCCCCUGGAGCCCUGCGCUCCGUUGGAGCCCCGGCCCGGGCGGAGGCGUCCAGGGUGGCGCGGGGCGCGGCGCGCAGCUGCGCCCUCUGAGAGGGCCGUGGCUGCCCUGCCGCCGGUUGCGCCACCGGCUGACGCGUCCUCCGCGUCAUCGUCGGCCGCGCUGCCGUCGGCGCCGGGCACGGACUGGAGGUGUCCGGAUCUGCGCGAGGUCUCCGACGAGGAGGUCGCAGACGGCCACUGGAAGCUGCCGCCCGCGGUGGCGGCGGCCGUCGGGGCUUCCAACGGCUUCCUGAGGUUUCAGGAUUGCAACAGCAUGAUCUUCCGGGGCGACAGAAAGGUCCUCGACGGGAUGCGGGAGGCGGACUGCUGCAUGGCGCGGCACCGCCUGGAGGUCACCCGCGAGGCGGGCGUGGCCGCGCGGCGGCAGGCGCGGGAGGCGAGCACCCAGAGGCAGCUGCGGCGCGCCAGGGCCGAGGCGAGGUCGGCCCGCAAGGCUCUGCCGCAGAAGCGCAGGACCUCUCUGAAGCAGACGGUCCACGUCGUGCAGCAGCUCGUCGCGGAGCGCAACGGUCGCCUCGAGGAGGAGGUCCUCGGCUCCGACGCCGCGGCGCGCGACGGGAGGCCGAGGCCGCCCUCGCCCAAGACGGGCGGCGGCGCGCAGGAUCCCGAGCGCGAGCGGCCAACGAAGCCGAGCUCUGUCCGCAACUCCCAGGACUCGGCGAGUAGCAGGAGACGAGCUUCAGCGCCCUUCUUCAAGCCGGAGACGAAUGACUUGGCUGUCAUGCCGAGAAGGAGUACAAGCGCCGAGGGCAUCGAGGAGCUGCUGGCGGGCUCCGUCCCCACGGCCCUCGACCUGAGGCUGUUCCGGAAGGGCUGGCUGGGCAGGCUGAAGUUGGCCAGCCACCACAAGCAAAGGAUGACGUCAUUGAAGAAUCUCACGAAGGAGCACCUCGAGGGCCAGCGCAGGGACCGCGCCACGCGGCGGCGCCAGCGGGCGUUCGACCACCUGCCGGAGCUGCAGAGGGCAGCCCUGCAGAAGGCGUUCAACGCCGCAGCCGUCGAGUCCUCCUGGACGCCGCAGGACGCUGAGGGCGCGCGGCUCCUGGACCACAGGACCCUGCGCAUCGCCAUGAGGGAGUUCGGCCUUGGGGGCGAGACGAAUCUGGAAACCCUACCGCCGCCACCUCACCACAAUAUCGCCCUGCUCGGUGACGUCGACUUCUUCACGUUCUGCUGCGACGCCGUGCCGCGCGUCCGGGACGAGAUCCAGGUCAUGCGCCGCCCUGGCCUCGAGCAGACCUUCCAGCUCUUUGACGUGGACCGCUCGGGCAUCCUGGAUCGUGCGGAGGUGGAGAGCAUCUUCGAGAGUUUGUGCCUGCACAACAUGACGAGGGAGGGCCGAGCGCAGCUGUGGAGCGUUUUCAGCAGCGCCGUCAGCGCGGCCACGGACUCAGGGUCGGAGGGUAUUGCCUUCGAGGGCUUCGAGACGCUCAUGAUGGAGAUGCAGGAGCAGUGCCAGCGGGUGGUGAAGGCCGCGCAGGAGGCCAUCGUGAGCGAGUGCGGCCUGAGCAGGGACGAGGUGAAGGCCCACGACGGCGAGCUACUGUCGUUGUACGACACGUUCAAGAAGGUGUUGAGGGUCACCACGGGCGAAGUACGGUAUUCGUCCCGAGACGAAGGAUUGGUGGACGCCGCCGACGGGGCUGUCAGCCCGGAGGACGCCGCCGACUGGGACAUCGGCGGCGCCGUGGAGCGGGACGGUUUGCGCUCCAUCCUGUUGGAGUACGGGCUGAUGUUCAAGUCGGACGCCCUGCUCGAGGAGAAGGCCUCGGAGGGCUGGCUCGCGGAGCUGCUGAGCAGGCACGGGGGCCUCAUGCGUUUCAGGCAGGUGCUCGAGGUGAUCCGCCAGAGGCGCGAGGAGAUCAAGCUCAGCAUGCGGGUCGAGCUGAAGGAACUGCUCAACGAGGUGGACAAGGACCGGAACGGCACGCUGAACAUGCAAGAGGCCUCCCGCCUGCUGGAGAUGAUGGGCUUCGCUCCGCGCUGCCGGGAGGACCAGCGCCGCCUCAAGCGGCUGCUGGGGGAGGUGGAUGCGGACAACUCAGGCCGGUGCCGCACGUCCGCCGCGGGGCGGGCUGGCCGCAGCUGGCCCCCCGCGCCGCGGGCGAUGGGCCUCGUCCUCCGCCUGCCCCUGGCGCUGCUCGCGCCGCGCGCCCUGCCCACCUCGGCCGCGGGCGCGAGCGGCGCGGCGGGGCCGGCGCUGCGCGAGGCCUUCGCAGACCUGCUGCCCUUCCCGGGGCACGCAGGCAGCGGCGCCUUCUCGGACCUGGGAGCCUGGCACUCGGGAGCUGACAACCGGCACGGCUUCGCCCUGCCAGACGCCGGCUCCGAGGGCGGGUUCGCGGGGCCGUUCGUGCACAGCAGCUGGCUGCCCGGAGGAGGCCACUGGCUCAGCCCCAGCGCGCUGGUGCGCUUCGUGCCUGGGCCUGCCGACGGCAGCGCCGCCUGGCCGCCGCGCGAGGCGAACGCCAGCUUCCUGCCCGGGCUGCUGCGCCACGAGUGGCGCGCGGCAUCGGAGCUGGCCUUCGUGGGGCCUCGCACGGCGGCGGUGCGCAGCCGCGCGGUCAGCGAGGCCGCGACGGGCGUCCGCGUUGCGCCCGCCUUCUCUGGCGAGGCGGUGGUGGAGCUCGCGGCGGCCGGGCCCUCGGAGGUGACGGUGGCUGCCAGCGCGCCGCGGCCGGGGAUGGAGGACGCCGUCUUCGCGGCCGUCCGUUUCGACCCGGCCGCGGGCGUGGCGGUCCGCCCCUUCGGCAGGGGCUACCGCGCCAGCGCGCGCUCCGCGCUGCUGGAGCCGGGGGGCGAGCUGGUCUCGUACUACACCGUCUCUGUGGCGUUGAACCGCUCGGAGCGGCAGGCCGCGGCCGAGGCCUCGGCCGCCUUCUUCCGCGCCCCGGCGCAGCAGCUGGCGGCGGCGGCGCAGCGGUGGGACCGCGUGGUUCGCCUCGUCGCGGGGAACGCCGCUGGCGCGGAGCCGUCGCCUCGGCAGCGGGUCGCCGUCAAGGCCGCGUGCACGCUGGUGCUGGACUGGCGCGGCGCAACGGGCGCAGGCCUGCUUCACGACGGAUGCAGUCCGACGAUCGCGGGCGGGCUCAGCGGCGGCAUGUGGUCCUGGGACUCGUGGAAGCAUGCGGCUGGCCUGUCGGUCUUCGACACGGCGCUGGGCGCGAGCCAGGUUCGCGCUAUGUUCGACUACCAGGGGAAGACGGGUGCAGGCUUCGUGGGGAUGGUCCCAGAUAAGAUCAGCCUGCCCCCAGACAUAGGCGCCGCCUGGGGAAACACGAAGCCGCCGCUGGCGGCGUGGGGGACUGCGGUGGUUUAUGCCCGCAGCCAAGACAUGGAGUUCCUGCGGGAGAUGUUCCCCAAGCUUGAGGCUUUCCAUGCUUGGUGGUACGAGUGGCGGGACCACGACCAGAACGGCCUCUGCGAGUUCGGCGCCAGUGGUAACGACACGCAGGGCAUGAAGUGGGAGAGCGGCAUGGACAACGCCCCGCGCUUCGACAGCACGUCGAUGCUCCGGAACGCGGACCAGGCGUGGAGCGCCGACCAGGAGUCGGUCGACCUCAAUGCCUUCCUCUACCUCGAGAAGCUCGUUCUGGCCAGCUUCGCGGACGUGCUCGGCAACGCCUCCCUCGCCGCGGCGUACCGCCGCCGUGCGGCCGAGGUGCGGGAGCUGGCGCAGGAGCGGUUCUUUGACCCCGAGCGCGCGGAUUUCUUCGACCGCCGCUUGGGCGCCGAUGGCGGCUUCGUGGGUCCCAUGGGCUGCGAGGGCUUCGCCGCCCUCUUCUCGGGGCUGGCCUCUCCCGAGCAGGCCGCGCGCGUGCGGGAGCACCUCGUCGACCCGCGCAGGUUUGGCACCGCGGUGCCCUUUGGCAGCGUGGCGGCGGACGCCCCAGAGUUCGACCAGGAUGGCUACUGGCGCGGGCCCACGUGGCUGGACCAGGCCUACUUCGCGCACCGCGGCCUCCUCAGGUACGGCUACGCCGAGGAAGCGGGCCGCGCCCUCUCCGCGCUGAUGGAACACGCGGAGGGCCUGGGCGUCAGGGACAUUUCGGCGCCCUUCACCGAGAACUACACGCCCGAACGGCCCCCUUACGGGGAAACGGUCGGGCGCUGA